AUGGUGGGGGAGGCGGUGGUGGGGUCGGUGGAGGCGGUGGGGGUGGUGGCGCGACUGGAGGGGCUAGUGGCAGCGGUGGGGGUGGUGGCGGCAGCGGCGGGGGAGGUGGCAGGGGCGGAGGCGGUACUGGGGGUGGCGGUGGACGCGGCGGCGGCAGGGGUUGGGGUGGUCGAGGAGGUGGCGGCGGCGGUGGUGGUCGUGGAGGCGCUGGCGAUGGCCAGGGCCAGCAGCACACUCCGUCGCCCCAGAAGUUCUGUGAGUGGUACUCUCAGCACGGGGGGGGGGGGGGGGGGGGAUGGCUUUAGCUGCACGUACGUCAUUCGCACUGGUGACUGCACAAGUCAACAGUGUGGACGACCGCACGCCACACAGCGCUGCUUCGCUCGUCUCGACGACGCUUGGCGUGUUCAGUUCCCUCAGGCCACUGAGCUGCCCCGCUGGAUUGAUCUCCUUAAGAAGGGGAUUGAUAUCUAUGCUCUAGACUUUGAUGCUAUUCUAUCUGCUAUGUAUGUGAUGUCUACUAGUGGAGAGGGUGCUGAGUACCUGUGUGUGCCGCCCGACCCGGGCAUUAGGACUAGUGCGUCUGCCACUCCAGGUACUCGCGUGUCGGCUACCCCAGGUGCUGGUGAGGCAGCUGCUCUAGGUGCUUGUGCGUCUGCCCCCCCUGGUACUGAGUCGACUACAGCACUGCACACCUUCACACUGGACUCAGGUGCUUCUCGCUGCUUCUUUCUUUGCCCAGUUGCUGUCUCCCUUGCUGACCCUUCUGGGGUUCCGGUCAUUGCAACCUCCUCCACUGUCCUUCCCUGUCCUGCGGUCCCGUCGGGCACACUGUCAAGUUUCCACCUCCCCUCGUUCUCUACGAACCUGGUGGCAGGAUGUGCGCUCCAGGACGGGGGUGUUCACCAGUUCACCCCUGCCUACGAGCGCGUGACACACUGUACGUGUGCUCGUACGGGCCGUCAUUUGGCUACCUUCACUCGGCAGCCGGGGUCGGACCUGGUCCUUCCUCCCCUCCCUCCCUCACCUGCUCCUCCCUGUCUUCCUUGUGUCGAGGGGCGGCAGCGCGCCGCUCCUCACUCCUCCUCGUUUCCCCCGUCGACUGCUCCCUUGCAGACGCUUCACAUGGACGUGUGGGGCCCAGCCCGCGUCCGUGGUCAGGGUCAGGAGAGGUACUUCCUGAUAGUUGUUGACGACUACUCGCGCUACACCACGGUCUUCCCCUUGCGCACCAAGCCUGAGGUCCCUGAUGUCUUGAUCCCUUGGAUCCGCAGAGCCCGUCUCCAGCUCAGCGAGCGUUUCCACUCGGACUUUCCUGUCCUGCGCUUGCACUCUGACAGAGGUGGUGAGUUCUCCUCCUACCUCUUAGCAGCCUACUGUGUUGAGCACGGCAUUGAGCAGUCUUUCACGCUUCCAGCCUCACCACAGCAGAAUGGGUUUGCGGAGCGCCGCAUUGGCCUGGUCAUGGAGGUCGCUCGUACCUCCUUGAUCCAUGCGGUUGCCCCCCACUUUCUGUGGCCGUUUGCAGUCCGGUACGCUGCGCAUCAGCUCAACCUCUGGCCCCGUGUCUCCUUGUCGGAGACCUUGCCCACACUACUAUGGACAGGGGAAGUUGGCGAUGCGUCGCGUUUCCGGGUCUGGGGAUCUCAAGCUUUUGUCCGCGAUACGUCUGCGGACAAGCUCUCCUCCCGUGCUGUUCCCUGCGUCUUCCUCUGCUUUGUCCCGGACGCGCGUGGUUGGCGGUUUUACCACGCCACCUCGCGCCGAGUCUUGCCCUCUCAGGACGUCACUUUUGACGAGUCUGUCCCCUACUACCGCCUCUUCCCCUACCGCACUGCCCCGCUCCCCCCCCCGCCUCUCUUCCUUGCGCCAGGUGCUGUUGUCGUAGAACCCCUCCCCCCUCAGGGUGCCGCUCCCUCAGGUGUGUCUAAGGUAGACCCGGUUGAGCCUGUUGAGGUAGCUGUCGACUCUCACCCUACUGCGGGUGCGGAGCCUGGGGGUGCUGAGCCUGGGGGUGCGAAGUCUAAGGGUGCUGAGCCUGGGGGUGCGGAGUCUGGGGGUGCUGAGCCUGGGGGUGCGGAGUCUGGGGGUGCUGAGCCUGGGGGUCCCGAGCCUGGGGGUGCGGAGCCUGGGGGUGCUGAGCCUGGGGGUGCUGAGUCUUGGGGUGCUGAGCCGCAGAGUCGGGAGUCUGGGGGUUCUGAGUCUGGAGGUGCUUAG